AUGUCCGGAGAUACCCAGACACUGUCCGAAUUCGAAGCCGAGCAACGAGCAGCGCGUGAGGACUCCGAGGAUACCCCUGACAAUUUCGACUUCGACUUUGCACAGCUUGUGCCCGUGAACGACUCCGCGAAGUUGGCCUUUGAUGAGCUCGCAAGACUAAGAUCCGCAGACCCCGAGUGGAACCCUCACGCUCGCAACUAUAUCCAUGUUGACGAGGAGCAAGAGAACUUCGGAGAUGAUGACCAGUCGGAUGAGCCUAGCUCUACGUCGCGAAGCAUAUAUACUGGCUACUUCCGGCUGAGCCUUGGUCUUCAACCAAAGCGCUUUGCUCGUGGCUGGGUUAUCGGCAGCGGUCGACAAGCUCUGUCGGAUCCAGAUGUGGAUUUCCUGGUGACCGUGGAUGGUAGGAGAGAUCGCGUGCGUAGUCGACAUGCGCAGAUUGUAUAUCAUCGCGAAACGAGAGUCCUGAUGUUGAAAGUGCCCCCAAAGAAGAACGUGAUUCUUGAUGGCGUGAAGGUCCAGAACGGGACCGCAGCGUUGACGCGGCGCACUUCCGGACUUACAAUCGGAAAUCUCUCUUUCCAGUUGCAGUUUCAUGAGCAUCGCAGGACAGAGUACCUCGCCCAACUUGACAAGAUUGCAGAACUCUCGACGUACUUCGUUGGGGAUCGCAUCGAGACUCUUGACCCUACCCCAUCCGAUCAGUACUUUACUCUCCAUGGCUACCAGUUCCAAACUCCUCAAGCAGCCGGCGCUUAUGGUGUGGUCUCAGCCUGCGUUAAGGAUACAACCGGUGAUGUCUACGCGGUGAAGAGGGUGAAGAAGUCUCGCGACACCAUGAAGGAGGUGGAGAAAGAACUGGAGAUUUUCGAGGCGUUGCAGACGCAUGCACAUAUUUGUUGCUUAGUCGAACAUUUCACACUUGGCGCCGCAAGAGUGCAGGAACUCUACAUGAUCCUUUCGCCGUAUGCACCGCGCACCCUUGCGGAGUGGCUGAGAACUCCCAAUGACAAGAGUCAACUACUUCGCGCUUUCCAUCAAGGGGCACAGGGUCUGCGGCACAUCCAUUCUUGCGGCGUCAUUCAUCGCGAUAUCAAGCCCGACAAUAUCCUCAUUACCAACGACUCCCGUGUAGUCAUUACCGACUUUGGGCAUUCAACAACUCAGACGCGCUGUCAAAAUCAUUACAAGGGCACUCUUCGCUACCUGCCUCCUGAGAUCUAUGAGCUGAAAGAGGGGAUAUCGCAAAGGGGAUACUGGAGCGACAAAGCAGAUGUUUUCAGCUAUGGCAUCAUCGGUUUCGAGAUGUUCCACCGACCAUUUCGCCGCCUUCGCAACGGCAUGAUCAGCAGACAAACGCAACUCGUGCUGUUACAGGAGCUGAAUGUGCCCACAAAUCAGCUGUAUACCCUUUUGAGAAACAUGUUGGCAUGGGACCCCGCGAGGAGGACCACUAUUCGCGAUGUCUUACUCGCAUCUUUCUGGCCAGACGCCGAAACGACAACACAGCCGAAGAAGCGAGUGCACGUGGACAUAGGCUGA